ACUGAGUACACCACCACCUGGACCACUACAAACCCAGAUGGAUCUGUUGAGACAGACUCUGGUAUUGUUUCACAAAGCGGUGAUUCGUUGACCACCAUCACCACCUUUGGACUGGAAAGUGUUGCUAGUGUUCCGACAUCCGCAGUUGUAUCCCAGUUUGGUCCACACGGAUGGAAUGCCAGUUCCGGAAACAGUUCUCCUGAUGUUACCUCUUCUUUUGUUGGUGGACCAGGACCCGUGGAGACUUCAAGUUCUGGUACCACUAUAUUGUCCCUGGAAAUUAUAGGAGUGUCACCGACAAAGACAAAGACUUCGGUUUCUGCCGUGGACACUCUGGCUCCUACUGUUUCAAAGAGUGCGACAAAUGGAGUUCAAAGUUCCGUAUCAAAUACGGUUGGGGGUACAGGAGCAGAUAGCUCCGAAGGCCCAAAGGUUACAGCAGCUGUUGGUGAACUGACGGAUAGCUGGGAGCCGAUCACAUUAGCUUCAUCUAGUGCGUCCGCUGGAUCUACAACUACUUUAGGAGUUAGUCAAAGCAGCAGCCAAACUAAUAGCAUGUCUACUUUGACACAACAAACUAGUGGCUUGUCCCCUUCAUCUGUUUCCAUCUCGACUUACGAGGGUGCUGGUUCAGUUGUGAAAAUUUCAUGGAUCCUCAGUGCUUUAGCUGCAAUGGUUUCCGUUCUUUUCUAG